UGUUUUGAAAUAAACAGUCCCUUUGGAAGUAUUUUCGUUUUGUGUACAUGUUAUAUUUCGGUGAUUUAUCUUGAAUCAAAUCCACCAGAUUUUGAUUCAUUUCUGUGAAACUGACAUUUAUGAGCAGAUAUUAUUGUUAUAACUAAUAGAGAUGCUUGUGUUAUAUAUGACAGUCUUUGCCAGUUUUCAUUUAGUUAUUUCGGAAUUGAGUAUGUGUCCUGAGUCUACACCAACCAUUUCCAUUGUAUCCAGCUGUCCUUCCAAUGUAUUUGAAUGGAUAUCUGCUGCAAAACGUAAAAGAUGUAGUUAUUUAGGAAAGAUCCAAUCUUGUACAAAAACAGACACCUUUGUAUAUCACUGCGUUCUUAACAAACAGGCAACACUGUUAUUAGAGGUGUGUGCCCCAGUACAUUUUAUGUCCGGAUACUGUGCCCGUUAUAGCGAGGAACACAAAAGAAUCAUCAAUGAUCCUGGUCUGGACUGUACAUAUUUUGACCCUCCUUGUCCUACCAGGUUUCCAUCUAAUGAAUCUUACCUGUACCCCAUGUGCUACAGAAAUGCUACUAAAAAGUUAGAAAAUAUUCUAACAUUUCAGCAACAAAAAAACAAAACCAGUGUUGUUUUAUCAAUCGGUCUUUUGGCUUUAUUUGCGACUUCAGCGAUUAGUUUGCUGCUCAUCAUUUUUGUUGGAAUCAAGCUAAAGAAGAUAAAACUCAACAUUCCAUGUAGAAACAAGAGAAGCUCGAAGGAUUCAGACAAAUUUGAUGGCACUGACGAUGAAAAAUGUUCACCAGAAACUCUUGAAUUACUGAAAGAAAACAAGGAAACUAUCAUGGAAAAAAAUGAGAUAAAACAGGAAAGAGAUUUCGAAGUAGAUGAGCUGUUGCAAUAUAAAACUUUGUCUGGUGAUAAACAAGGAUCGAUUUCCGCUAAGGGCAUAAAUACCAUAAGUGAUCUCCGAGAUAAACUUGUCAGCGAGCUGAAUAUACCUCGAGCGUUCGUGUUUGUCGUCAUUGGAGAAAAAGGCAAACUUUGUGAUGAUGACACUGAUAUAAAAACUCUACCAUGUCCCAUUGAACUAAUGAUUGCAAACCAAAACAGAAUGAAAAACACUGAUGAUGCAAAUGUGCGUAAUGACGAGGCCGAUGAUGCUGAUGAUGCUGAUGAUGCUGAUAAUAAUGAAGAUGGUGAUAUUGAUGCUAAUACUGAUGAUGACGAUAGUUAUGUUGAUGUUGAUGAUGACGAGGAUGAAGAUGAAGAAGAUAAUGAUUCUUUGGACAUUGACGACGACGAAAUAUGCUGUGGAUAUUUUAAAGAUCCGGACACAUUGUUUUAUUGGAUAGGAAACAAGCUGCUUAAGGAAGGAAGUACAGACCUAUCCUGUCCUAGAUGUUCUUGGACGUGGGAUCCAGAUCAGUUCGUGGAAGAUUGCAAAAUGUCUUUUGAUGAAAGAAUAUUUUUUCAGGAAGUUCUUAACGUCAACAUGUUAAAAAAAGCCUUUGCUCAGGUUGACGAUCUCAAAAAAGCAAAAAUCUAACAACUGAACCAUUGCAGAUUUCGUGUUAGAAAAUAUGAAAUCGAAAACUUCUAUUCCACAACAUCAUUACUUUUAAUUAACUUCAUUCCAAUGAGAAGAACGUUGGCAAUUUAACAGAUUUAAGACAAACAUUCUGAUGGAAUUUAUUUUUACAGGUCUCAGUAGUUAUAACACACACUCAAUGGACCAUUAUAUCAAAAUAUUUCACUUUAAAUAGGCCUAUUCACUAUUCACAAUGGGUUUUUUUUUAAUGUUUACUUCAAACAACCAGCAUAUUUUUCAUGAGAAGGUAACUUUAUCUCUUAAGACAUAUUUUAUUUGCGAAAUGACCAUUACAAACUAAAUUGAUAUAAAGAAAGUUUAUUAAUAAGUAUUCGUUUAAUGCUAUAAGUUAACAACUAGAUCGUUUGUUGUUUUUGUUAAAAUAAUUUAUUUAUCAUCGAGUUUACAGAUGCUGUAGUCAUGCUUCAUUAAUAUAAAUACAUGUAAAUUAUAUAAUGUUUUGAUAUUCAUUAUUCAUUUAGAGUUUGGAAGCGUAUAAAAGCCCAAACGUGUUGUGUUAUAACUUUUACAUCCUUUAUAUUGUUUUUUUAACAUAUAAACUAUUAUGAAUUUUUAUUUCUUCAUAUAAGUUAUACUGUAUUUGUAAUCUCCUUAAUAUCUUUUUCAUUUUGAAUGGUUGUCUUUUUUGGUUUACUGCUUUUUCGACUUUACAAAUUCAAAAUUUAAAAGAAUUUAGAUGUAUUGAAAAAGAAAUUUAACUAAGAACAAUAAAAUGUUUAAUUUUUUUAUACCUAUAUCGAUAAGCAUGUUGUUUUAUUUCUUUGGAGUUUAUUGCUGUGGACAUAUUUUUGUCGUAGUUAGGUGAUA